AUGGCCAGUGCCCUGCUCGCCCUUGGCCUGCUGCACGAGAGCCGCGGCCAGAUACCUGCCGCGCGCGCCGCACUCGCCGCCGCCCUCCGGGUGUUCCCGGCCUUCAUCGCCGCCCGCGCCGCCGCGGCACGUCUGAUGGUGGCCGAUGCGGCGUCAGACGCUGAGCUGUCAGAGGCGGAGGCGGCGCUGCUGCAGGCUGUGGAAGUCGCAGAGGCGCUCGCGGCGGCGGAGGGCGGGCUGGUCGCUGCCAGCAACAAGGCGUGCGCGCGCGAGGUCGAGGCCGGCGUGGGGGCGCGAGGGGCGCUGGCGAUGCUGCUGUGCCAGGCGGGGCGGGGCGCAGAGGCAAAGACUCACCUGAAGGAGCUUGGUUUCUCUUGGCGGCUUGGCAGCCCAGUGCUGUGUUAUCCAAUAAGCGGCGGCGGCAGCAGCAGCCCAGCAGGCCGCGGAGAGGCCGCAGGCGGCCGCGGGGAAGCUUGCGGGCAGCUGCCGCUCGCGGUGCUGGACGGCGCGCUCCCGUCCCCGCUGCUGCGGCAGCUGCAGCGCGCGUUUGCGCCCGCGGCGCCGUUUUGGUCGGAGCAUGGGUAUGGCCCAAGGCAGGGCUACUUCAGCUAUAUGUUCCCACUGGCGGGUGACCAGGCCGCCGACUCCAGUCUCGGCCAGCUGGCGCGGCACCUGCGCUCGCUGGCGCUGCCGCACUUCCCGGCGGUGGCAGAGGCGCGCUACGCAGAGUGGUGGGCGCACUGCCGACGCCACAACUCGGGCCACCAGCUGCACUUCGACUCUGAUGACGAGGGGGUCGGCGGCAUACGCAACCCCAUCAUAUCGACCGUCUGCUAUCUGUCCUCAUCACGCUCGACCGACAGCGGCGGCAGCAGCGGCAGCCGCGGCAGCCGCACCGGCACGACAGACGGCGACGGUAGCAGCAGUGAAGGUGGUGCCUUUGUGGGCGGCCCAACGCUGGUGACCGACCAGCUGCUGGGCGGCCCGCUCGCCACGAGGGGGUGGCUGGCCACGCCUGCCGUGAACAGGGUGACUUUCUUCGACGGCGGCGUCCUGCACGGCGUCGUCCCGGGCCGCGGCGCGAGCUCCGACCCGUUCGCGCGGCGCUGCACACUGAUGGUGGCGUUUUGGCGGGAGCUGCGCACCCGCUUGCCCGCGGACGGCCAGCUCGGGGCCGCCAUGCCCAUGCCGGCGCCACGGCUGCGUGAGCCGUGCGCCGCCACAAGCAAAGGGGGGAAGCGGCCGCGCGAGGACCCGCAGCAGCGUGCGGAGCCGCCGGCAGCAGCGGCAGCGGAUGCUGCGGCAGGCGACGAGGCAGCAGAGGCCCAGAAGGCGGGUGAGGCGGCCUGGAUCAGCAUGCUGGAGCCCUUGCCUGGGGAGGGGGCGUGGCUGGCGCAGGUGGCGCCGACGCCCGUGACGCCGACGCCUGUGGCGGCCGUGUGGGAGCCGGUGGACCCGGGGCGGGCCGGCAGGGCGCCUUCUUAUUCGGCCUGCUUCCAGGGGUUCUGA